UCUGUCUCUGUGGUUGAGCUUGACUUCAGGUUUGGGGUGAGGAUGGGGAGGUUUUCCUUUCUGGUGGUGGAGCAUCCAGUAGUAGAAAAUGAGAGAGACUGAUGGGGGAGGGGCUCCAGAACUCUGGGAAUCAUAGAAGCAAGAAGUCUUGCAUGUGAAGUCUUUGAAUGAAAGGACCCAGCAGAUUCUUAACGGGGACUGAGAACCCCGGAAAGACUUGAGAAAAAUUACGGGAAUGCAGCGGGUGAAGAGAGAAAACAUACAGGUGCUGCAAAAUCAGCUUUGAACUGUGAGGCGGGGCCACCUCAUCUCAACUGCUCAGCUCCCACCAGGACGAAGCUGGAGCCCCGUCCUUGUCCCCUUUAAAUUCCCUGUAUUAGUAACCCUGCUCUGAUCUAGCCCUUUCUCACCUCCUUCCUGUUUCUUAAAAACCCUUCCCGCAUUCUCCAGACCAAGCCCUUCCUCUCUUUCUUCCCUCACAGGACACCUCCUUUUCCGUAAUCUUCUCCUCACUGUUUACCUUACUUAUUUCCUUAUUUCUUACUGGGGUCCUAGGAAAUGCUAGCACCCCCAUGCAGCUUGCCUGGUCUUUUCAACACUCCCUAACUGUAGACUAUCCUAUCUCAACACUAUCCCAUACAUUUCCACCCCACCGUUACUUCAGCAUGGCCACGCUUACUUUCUACAUCCUCCGCAAAUCUCUCUUUCUCACCACUGCCCACUGAUGCCUUCAUCUCCUCUAUAAACAGCCCCCUCAGUCAAUUCUGUGUGACCCCAAUACUCCUCCAUUUAUGCUCUGAUUGGGUUCAUAAAACCUCCUUGACAAAGAUCUUUGUUAAUCCUGCCAUCCCCCCAACCUCCCUCUUGUCGUAAUUCUAUCCCUCCUCCAACUUUUCCCUCUCGAGCUCUAUUCUUCCCUGCCCAGCCUGGCCCACGAUUCGUGGUCAGCCUCAUCUCUUCGCUGUGGACUGCCUGCCACCAUGUUCCCCUGAGCCUCCGAGGAGGGGGCUCAGGGGGCCUGAUGGCCUCCCGCCACCCAUGGCCCCACAGCCCCCGUGGGCCAGGGGAAGCAUCUCGAAAGCCUCAGUGCCGAGGAUGGGCAACCGCACGUGGGAGGGCUGCCACGUGGACUCCCUCGUGGACCACCUCUUCCCGCCCUCCCUCUACAUCUUUGUCAUUGGCGUGGGACUGCCCACCAACUGCCUGGCCCUGUGGGCCGCCUACCGCCAGGUGCGGCAACACAACGAGCUGGGUGUGUACCUGAUGAACCUCAGUAUCGCCGACCUGCUGUACAUCUGCACGCUGCCGCUGUGGGUGGACUACUUCCUGCACCACGACAACUGGAUCCACGGCCCCAGCUCCUGCAAGCUCUUCGGGUUCAUCUUUUAUACCAACAUCUACAUCAGCAUCGCCUUCCUCUGCUGCAUCUCCGUGGACCGCUACCUGGCCGUGGCCCACCCGCUGCGGUUCACCCGCCUGCGCCGUGUCAAGACGGCCGUGGCCGUGAGCUCCGUGGUCUGGGCCACGGAGCUGGGAGCCAACUCGGCGCCCCUGUUCCAUGAUGAGCUCUUCCGCGACCGUUACAACCACACCUUCUGCUUCGAGAAGUUCCCCAUGGAGGGCUGGGUGGCCUGGAUGAACCUCUACCGGGUCUUCGUGGGCUUCCUCUUCCCGUGGGCCCUCAUGCUGCUCUCCUACCGCGGCAUCCUGCGGGCUGUGCGGGGCAGCGUGUCCACCGAGCGCCAGGAGAAGGCCAAGAUCAAGAGGCUGGCCCUCAGCCUCAUUGCCAUCGUGCUGGUCUGCUUCGCGCCCUACCAUGUACUCCUGCUCUCCCGCAGCGCCGUCUACCUGCGCCACCCCUGGGACUGUGGCUUCGAGGAACGUGUCUUCUCGGCGUACCACAGCUCACUGGCCUUCACCAGCCUCAACUGUGUGGCUGACCCCAUCCUCUACUGCCUCGUCAACGAGGGCGCCCGCAGUCACGUGGCCAAGGCCCUGCACAACCUGCUCCGCUUUCUGGCCAGUGACAAACCCCAGGAGAUGGCCAACGUCUCACUCACCCUGGAGACCCCGCUCACUUCCAAGAGGAACGGCAUGGCCAAGGCCAUGGCAGCCAGCUGGGUGGCCGCUCAGCCCUCCCAGAGGGACCAGGUGCAGCUGAAGAUGCUGCUGCCGGCACAGUGAACCUCGUGUCGUGCAGAGCCCCCACUCCUCCAUACUAAUCCCACCCUCCCUUCCCUCUUGGUCCGGUGUAUGCAAAUUGUAUGCAAAUUAGGCUGUGUUAAUUUCCAUAAGCAUGUAAGAAAAUAGGAAAA